AUGGCGACCGUUAUCCUACUCAUGAGCCUUGUGCCAGCCCCCAGUCCCCUGGGGGCUGCAGGGCCCCAAGGCAGGAGGAAAUUCUAUCCAAAGAUGAAACGGGACACCAACACCCACUCACCCCAGCCACACACCUGCAUACGGGCUACUAAAUGGGAAGGACACGUGCUUCUGUCAAGCUGCUUUGUGCAGUAUCUGGAGCGUUUUGUGAAGGCAGCUUCACCAGCACAGGAAAGAAACAGCACUGUGUCUGUCUGCCAAGGGCCACACCCUAGUGCUACCAAGGCGCCUCCAGGCUCCUUCCCAGGACGGCAGAAAGUUAAAGCCCAUCCUCGGGAGGCACUCCAGUCCGACUGCUCUGCUCUUGGCAGUGCCCACGGGACCAGCGGGUUCCGCCCCGAAGCCCCGCCCCCAACCACCGACCCCUGCGGGUCUGCAGCGCCCUGCGGGCAUCCAGGGCCUCGCCAACCUCCCUUAAAGGUCUCGCUGCCCGGAUCUCUCUCAUGCAAUACAGCGCGCGCUACCACGCCGGGCUCGGCGUUUUCAAGAAACACCAAGAGGCCCCGGAACACCAUCGUCUUUAGCCCCGUGUGUGUCCCUCUGUCGGAGACGCGCAGCAGCACCGAGCGGCGCCCGACGGACCGCCCCGACACGCGAGGCCCCCACGGGCACCCGCGCCGCCCUCUCCCUCGGGGCCACACCCACCGACCCACCUCCAUCGCGGCCCCUGCCGCGCUCGCCCCUCCCAGCCACCCUCGCGCCGCACCGCCCCGUCUCGUGACCCCCGAGCAAACACUCCUCCCCGCCCCGGACGGCGUCUUUCCGGCCUGGCGCCCCGCCCCCGCUUCCGAGGGCACCGCAGCACUAGCGCGCCUGCUUGCACGCGAUUGGCUGGAGUGCGCGUCACUCCAGGAGCCUUGCUCGCCAUUGGGUAGAGUUCUUUACAAAGUGCGCUGGAAAGGGUACACGUCGGACGACGACACCUGGGAGCCCGAGGUCCACCUGGAAGACUGUAAGGAGGUGCUGCUGGAGUUCCGGAAGAAGGUUGCCGAGAGCAGAGCCAAGGCCGCCAGGAGGGAUGUCCAGAAACUAUCUUUAAACAAUGACAUAUUUGAGGCAAACUCUGAUAGCGAUCAGCAAAGUGAGACAAAAGAAGGUGCUUCCCCAAAGAAGAAAAAGAAGAAGUCGAGGCAGAGAGAAGAGAAAAGCCCAGAUGACCUGAAAAAGAAAAAGGCAAAGGCUGGAAAACCAAAAGAUAAAUCCAAGUCAGAACUGGAGAGCUCCUUGGAAAGUGUAGUUUUUGACUUAAGGACAAAGAAAAGAAUUUUGGAAGCCAGAGAAGAGUUAAAAGAGCCCAGACGGCCCAAGAAAGAUGAAAUAAAAGAAACUAAGGAACACAAGAAAAUUAAAAAGGGUGAAAUAAGAGAUUUAAAGACUAAAAUAAGAGAAGAUCCCAAAGAAAACAGAAAAACAAAAAAAGAGAAAUGUGUUGAAUCCCAGACUGAAUCUGAGUCAAGUGUACUCAAUUAUUCCCCUUUUCAAGAGGAUGAUAAUGAAGACGUGCUUUCUGACAACAGAGAAGAGAAACCAAAAAUUAAAAGUGCUGGAGAGAGGGCAGGACCAGAUGCAGCACCUGAGCGAGCCUUCGAAAAGCCAGUGGACGGUGCUGUGAGUGCUGAUGAAGAUGCCGAAAUCAAAGCCAAGAGGCGAAAGAAGACCCCGAGAAAGGCAGAGGAGCCCAGAGAGGGCCAGGAGCUGGAGAGCAGGACUGCCCUCACUGAGAAGAAAACUAUGCCCAGAAGGCAGAGGAGUCAAGACAGAAGCAGGAGUGCCACUGAGUCAGAGAAGCCGACACUUGUAUCUGCCCAGACGCAGAAGGGCUGGAGGCUGGGCGGGGAGGAGAGAGGCUUCUUGCCCUUCGACUCAGCUGAUGAGGAGAAAGAAACCACAAAAAGUGAACCCAAAGAAAAAAAUCAAAAAAGGCAUGACUCGGACAAGGAGGAAAAAAGCCGAAAGGAGGCAAAGGGCUUAAAGAGUGAGUGUAAAUAUGAGCAUUGUGACAUUUCCUGUGCCCUCUUUAUAAGAAAGACAGUCUAGUUUCUAAGCCACGUAGAUGUUGGGGAAAAUUUCAUUCCCUGGGGAAUUUGGAGCCUUAUGCUCUUUCUGUUUUACCACUUACCUACGGUUCUUAUAUAACAGUGGAUAGGAUUCACUUUCUCCUUCUGUUCACCAAUGUUCUUCCUCCCUUUCAGGAUGUGAGAAUAGGUUAGAAUUACUGAGACAGGAUAUUAGUUAUGGCAGGAAAAUCAAUGUCAUUUAUAGCAGGUGCUAAAUAAAGUCUUUUGUGUUUCAAAUGUU